AUGACGAAAAAUGGCAAAUAUAAGGGAGAGACUUUAGUAGAUGAUUCGAAUAGUAGUCAUGUGGUCGAAUCCAUAGAACGGAAGCAACCUGAAAUUUCAAUUCCAUCUAUUUUGAAUAGCGGAACAUCAGUUGAUUCAAAGCUUGACGUAAUUUCUAAGGAUGUUGUCACUGUGCUUAGAUUACUACAUGGAAGAAGGCAAGCUUGUGAGGAUGAUACUCAUUUACCGUCCCUUGAGGAUCUUGCUUCCAAUUCUGGUGUGGCCGAGUCAAAUUUGAUGUUAAAUAUGACAGACCGUCUCGUUUCCAGUGGUGAAAAUUCCCCUAUGUGCGUGCUAGCAAAAGUGCCUGGACUUCUGAAUUUAGAUAAAGAAACUGCUCUUAGUAACUCUCUUCCUAACGGCAUAUUCCGAUCAUUGAAUAUGUCUCGUUGUAUAUCGCCACAGAAUUCUCUUAUGACUAACGUGAUAACAAUUGGUUUGCUUGAUGAGAAAGAAGCACUGAAACUAUUAACGAUCUUUAGGGACCGUUACGGAAGAUGGAUUUCGUUCCCUGACACAUUCUCAACCGAACAGAUCUUAAGGCAGAUCGAGCGUAAGUGUCCUCUUUUACUUACAGUGGCCUGCUGCCUUUCUUUGAAAUACAGCGAUCCUUUACUGAAAGACCGAUGCUAUUUGAGAUUGCUGGAAACUAUAAAGCUGGACUUGCAAAGGGGUCUUGUGGACCCUCCUCUCUGUCUUGAAUUCUUACAGGCAGUACUAGUUUUGUCCAUUUAUGCUACAAAUCUCAGCGAAACAGAUGCCGCUGAUCUUCAUAUUGACAGCUGGGAUUUAUCUUCAUUUGGGAUCUCGUUGUUUUUGAAGAUGAAUCAUUUGGGUUUACUGAACCGAUUGUAUGAUGCGAAUGAAGUUGAGCCAGAGUUCAAUGAAUUGACAGCCUACAGGACCUGGAACAUAUUGGUUUUGGUUCAAUUGGCCUACUCCUUGAUCUUGGGAAGACGGUCCAACUACUCAUUAGAUUUACUUAAGCCCAAAGAAGUAUCAGAGUUCAGCAUGUCGACAAAAUUCGACUACAGAAUCAUUGCAGAAGUACUCAUAUACAUCGUCAAUUAUCACUAUUCCGUUCUCAAUGGAAGUCUGAUAUGUUUCAAAAAGGACAUAGAGGACUGGUUUCAUAGAUGGAACUAUAUGUUUGGCAAGUCCUUAAAUCAGUUCAUCGAGAUAGAUUAUCAUUGGACUAAUGCGAUGGUGCUUUUAAGAAUUUAUAGAUUUAGAAUUGAUAUGCCCGCUUUAACAUUUAUCUGUGAAGAUGGAACUACAGGAACUGUGCAUUCAGAUGCUUUUUCUCAAUUACGAUAUCACACAGUGAAAGUGGUUGAGUUGAUGUCGUCAAUCAAAGACGAUUCUUAUUUUGCCUUUCUUUCGGAUCAGAUUCAUAUAAUUGUUUUUUUCAGUUGCAUAGUACUACAGAGUCUCUUAUCAUUUGAGCACCAUGCUUCUGAAACAGAUCAUACCAUUACAGAUCCUCUCAAGGAAAUAGGGAAAAGCGCACCUAUAUCACUGCUUAUUAGACAUAUCAAUCGACUCAAAAAGGUGUCUACCAGUCAGGAUGAUACAUUUUUCAAAUACAGUGUGAUGCUUGAAAAGAAUCUACUUUAUAAGUUCCCGAGUGAGCGUUUGGAAUUGCAGCCGAUGGUCUUAGAAGAACUCUAUUCUUUCGAGGAUAUAGGAGAUAAUCAAGAGGAAGAAGCUGAGCAAAUAAUAGAGUAG